AUGGCGAUGCCUUCCGCCGAAGUGAACGCUGCGUCCGUGACGACCAUCCCCAACUCCAUGUGGAAAUCUCCACCUCUAAUUGAAGAAGGAUCGCUUGUCAUCCUCUUUGAGACACACAACUCACUCACCUACUGCUACGCACAGCGCGACGCCAUCUACCAGAAUCGCCACGGAGCCUUUUACCACAACGACAUGAUCGGCCAACCGUUUGGCUCCAAGAUCAUUUCGAGGAAGAAAAAUGCUCGCGGCUACCUCAUUUUACUGGCCCCGACGCCUGAGCUCUGGAGCCGAGCGCUGCGUCAUCGCACGCAGAUCGUCUUCACACUGGACGCCAGCGCCAUCAUGUUUGCGGCAGCACUGCGCUCAGGCUCACGCGUCGUCGAGUCCGGUACGGGCAGCGGUGCGCUCACCACCAGCUUUGCACGCACAGUGGCGCCUCACGGUCACGUCUUCACCUUCGAGUUCAAUGCGCACAGAGCAGAGAUCGCCCGUGAGGAGUUCAAGCGCAACGGACUUGAGAGUGUCAUCACAGUGGACUGCAGAGACGCAUGCGAGCAGGGAUUUCCAGUGGAGCUUGAGGGAACUAUUGAUAUGGUGUUUCUGGACCUUCCCAGCCCCUGGAAGGCGGUGGGUCAUGCUGCGAAAAUGCUGAAACAGGGAGGAUUCUUCGCCUCCUACUCGCCCUGCAUUGAACAAGUACAGAAGACGUGUGGAGCACUGCGAAGCGCCAACUUUGAGUUAAUUCGCACGAUUGAGACGAGGUUGGUGCCGUACAACUCGCGACGGAUUGAUCUGCCGGUGCCGGACUUUGGUUUCGGCAAGAAGGUGAAGACGGAGAAUGGAUCUGCUGCUUCGACUGUAAUCGAGCACAAGGAGGUAGAUGAUACUAAGACGGAAGAGGAGAAGGAGAAGGAACGCAAGAAGAAUGGCGGACGCAAGCGCAAGUACGUGCCUGGUGGAGUGGGAGAGCACAUUGUGGCCAAGAAGGACGACGAGAUCCGUGGACACACGGCGUACUUGACGUUUGCAACCAAGUUCUUCGAGUGA